AAUCAUUUCUCACUCGCUCUUCCUGCCAGAGUCACUUUCGCUUAGAAACAUGACAUCACUUCAACUAAAAGUGUUCCUUGAGAAUUUGUAUAUUUUAAUGGAGUAUCUGCACUAGUUCAACAGAAAUCCUCACGCUGUCGUUUGGCAGAUGUUAAACGACGAUGUGUAAACAGUGGAGACUUUGUGUUGUCUCGCGUGAGAUCUGAAACAAGCUGUUUAUUUUCACCUGAUCGUGCUUCACGGGUUUCUUAAAGAUGAAGAGGAGAGACAAGCUGAAAAUCCCCUCCCUCACUCUGGAUUUGUCACCCAGCCAGAGCCCCAUCAUCUUGAGUCCAUGCAGUCCAGGCAGCCCCUGCAGUCCUUUACAAUCCCUUCAUCCCUGGAGCUGUCGCAGCAGUAAUAGAAAGAGCCUUGGUGUUGGAACGCCAUCGCCCACCCGCCCUCUUUCGCCUCUGUCCGCCCACACAGCUGCCAGCAGCCCUCUGGACAGCCCACGAAAUGUGUCCACUGCUGUUUGCUCUCUCAACUUCCCUUUCGCCCGCAGCCACCUGGCUCGAGCUGACAGAGCGGAAGGGAGACGGUGGUCUCUGGCUUCGCUUCCAUCCUCAGGUUACGGGACCAACCCUCCCAGCUCAACCGUCUCAUCAUCUUCCUCAUCUCAAGAACGACUGCACCAGCUUCCAUACCAACCCACACAGGACGAGCUUCAUUUCCUGUUCAAACACUUCAGAAGUUCGGAGAGCAUGACUGAUGAAGAUGGGCGGCCCUCCCCGUUUAUACGACCCCGGUCACGUAGCCUUAGCCCUGGACGAACUGGCGGCUCCUUUGAUAAUGAAAUCAUAAUGAUGAACCAUGUCUAUAAGGAGCGUUUUCCAAAGGCUACCGCUCAGAUGGAGGAGCGUUUGCUGGAUGUCAUAAGGCAGUUUUCCCCAGACAGCACCCUACCGCUGGGAGACGGAGUCCUGGGAUUUAUCCAGCACCAGUUGGUGGAGUUGGCCAGGGACUGUCUGGAUAAAUCCCAGAAGGGCCUGAUCACAUCUCUGUACUUCAUAGAGUUGCAGGAUAAAUUGGACAAAAUGCUGCAUGAGGCUCUGGAGCGCUCUGAGAGCGAGGAGGUUUCAGUAAUCACCCAGCUGGUUAAGAAGAUCCUCAUCAUCAUCUCACGCCCUGCACGACUGUUGGAGUGUCUGGAGUUUGACCCUGAGGAGUUCUACCAUUUACUAGAGGCUGCAGAAGGUCACGCCAAAGUCGGCCAGGGCAUCAAAACAGAUAUUCCCCGAUAUAUAAUCAACCAACUUGGGCUCAACCGAGAUCCUCUUGAUGAAGUUGUGCAGCUAGAGGAGCAGUACGACUCUGGCCCCACACUGACAGUUGAUUCUGAAGAAACUGCAGAGCAGAAUAAAUCUUCACCCACACCACUACGAAGAAAACCACUGGAGAGCGAUUUUGAGACCUUAAAACUCAUCAGUAAUGGGGCUUAUGGGGCUGUGUAUCUGGUAAGGCAUAAAGAAACUCGCCAACGAUUUGCAAUGAAAAAGAUCAACCGACAAAACCUGAUUCUGCGAAACCAGAUCCAGCAGGUGUUUGUGGAGCGAGACAUCCUGACAUUUGCAGAGAAUCCCUUUGUGGUCAGCAUGUUCUGCUCCUUCGAGACCCGCAGACAUCUGUGCAUGGUCAUGGAGUAUGUGGAAGGUGGUGAUUGUGCCACUCUGCUAAAGAACAUGGGCCCACUUCCUGUAGAUAUGACCAGGAUGUACUUUGCGGAGACCGUUUUGGCACUGGAGUACCUCCACAGUUACGGCAUUGUGCACAGAGAUCUCAAACCAGACAACCUCUUGAUUACUUCAAUGGGGCAUAUUAAACUCACUGACUUUGGGCUCUCCAAAAUCGGCCUUAUGAACAUGACAACCAAUCUCUAUGAGGGCCACAUUGAGAAAGACACCAGGGAGUUUAUCGACAAGCAGGUUUGUGGCACUCCAGAGUACAUUGCUCCAGAAGUGAUCCUGCGGCAGGGCUACGGGAAACCUGUCGACUGGUGGGCCAUGGGCAUCAUCCUGUAUGAAUUUCUGGUGGGAUGUGUUCCGUUCUUCGGAGACACACCGGAAGAGCUUUUUGGCCAGGUUGUCAGUGAUGAGAUUAUCUGGCCAGAUGGAGAUGAUGCCCUUCCUGUAGACGCCCAGGACAUGAUCACACGAUUACUGAACCAAAGCCCGAUGGAGAGACUUGGAACAGGUGGGGCUCCAGAAGUAAAGCAGCAUUUGUUCUUCAGUGGUCUGGACUGGAACGGACUCCUGCGUCAGAAAGCUGAAUUCAUCCCUCAGCUGGAGGCCGAAGAUGACACUAGUUAUUUUGACACACGAUCUGAACGCUACCAUCAUUUGGCAUCCGAUGAGGAUGAUGAAACCAAUGAUGAAGAGUCUUCCCUAGAAAUACGACGGUUUUCUUCUUGGUCAAAUCGUUUCAGCAAGGUGUACAGCAGCACAGAGCACCUGGCCACCCCAUCCCUGAGCUUCUCCUCCGACCGCAGUCACAGUGAGGAGAUAGAGGACAGGGCAGACGGGAGAGACACUCACUCCCCUGGAGAGAUCCAACGGCAGGCCUCCACUGGAGACAAGAGGCUCUCGGCUCAGAGGGCAAGCCUGCGCCCUCGAACUUCAUCCAGCUCCUCUCAGCCUGAGCGUGCCGUGAGCCCCCUAGUGGUGAGCAGCACACACAGCCUAGAGGCCAUGCCACGAUUCGCCCUGUCCACGGAUGAUGAGGCUGAAGUUGUUGUUUCCAACCUGCGACGAAUCAGACUUCGUAGCAACAGCACAGGAACGAAACACUCGUCGCCAAGGGAACAAGGGACUCCUCAGUGCUUUGGAAACCAGCUGGAGACGCCUGACAGGCAGAGACUCUCACCAGGACGCAAAGUCCCGAAGUCUGCAUCAGUGUCUACCCUCUCGCUCAUUAUCACACCAGAUGACGGGAGCGGCAGCCUACAGGCGCGCUCCAUUUCCCCUCGAUCAUUUUCCUCUAAUCCGUCAUCCCGAGACUCCUCCCCCAACCGAGACCUGUCACUCAGCAUCAGCAGGCUCCGCCCCCCAAUCAUCAUCCACAGCUCUGGGAAGAAAUACGGCUUCACCCUGCAGACCAUUCGUGUUUACAUGGGGACCAGUGACAUCUACACCAUAAACCACAUGGUCUCGGGUGUGGAGGAGAGCAGUCCUGCCCAUGAGGCUGGACUGCGAGCAGGUGAUCUGAUCACUCAUGUGAAUGGAGAGUCUGUGCAGGGUCUAGUGCACACAGAGAUGAUGGAGCUUCUCUUGAAGAGCGGUAACCAGGUGGCCCUGCAGACUAUUGCGCUGGAGGACACGUCUAUAAAGAUUGGGCCGGCACGCAAGAGCAGCUGUAAAGGAAAGAUGGCCCGUCGCUGUAAGAGGAGCAAAUGGAAGGACAGUCAGGACCGGAGGCGCAGCAUGCUGAAAAAGCUGUCCAAACAGAGCACCGUCAUGCACAGCAGCCGCAGUUUCUCCUCCGGCCUGCAUCACUCUGUGUCCUCCAGCGAGAGUCUGCCAGGCUCUCCCACCCACAGCCUUUCCUCUGGACCCACAACACCCUGCCGGAGCCCCGUUCCCGACCACACCACUGAUGCCAGCCUGCCCCAGAACGCCUCUCCAUGCUCCAGCUCUCCCAGUUCACCGGCGGUCCAGAUGCGGCCCAGCUCUCUGCAUGGCCUUGGGUCUAAACUUAGCAACCAACGGUACACUAAAGUGGGGAGACGGAAGUCCACCAGCAGUAUCCCACCAUCGCCUCUGGCCUGCACCUCCUCGCCACAGGCCCUAUCCCCCCAGCGUUCCCCCUCCCCCUUACCCAGCAUCUCCAAAACCCUCCACUCCUUUCACGGCAAGACCCUCUCACCUCCUACUAUCAUUCGGCAUGUGGUCAGACCACGGAGUGCAGAACCUCCACGUUCCCCUCUGCUGAAGAGAGUCCAGUCUGCGGAGAAACUCUCAGGGGCCUUAUUUGCUGACAAAAAGCCCCACGCGCCCCGCAGACACACGUUGGAAGUCCCCCACUGCGAGGUGGAUAUACUGGGGGACACCGAGGUAGAGGUGGCCUGUGGUGCAACAUAUUCGACGGAUCAUGGCAGGCUGGGCGGGUACUUGUGUUCCCAGAGAUUGAGGGACUGGCCAGGUGACCGUAUGGAACAGAUCGUUGUAAUGCGCAAGCUGAAUCUCUCAGAACGGCGAGAUUCUUUCAAGAAGCAGGAAGCCGUUCAGGAAGUGAGCUUUGACGAACCGGAUGAGAGGGCUCCCCAGAUUCCCGCUCAGUCGGCCACGUCCGCUGGCGUGUGGCCCAAGCAGAUGAUGGGCGAAACGCAGUCGGAGGAAGAGUGCAUGGCAAGGAGGAAUCCGCUGGUCCCCCAAAUCGCCGUGCAAGGAUCGGAGAGCGAGGAAGCAGAUGAUUGGAGGCUUUGUUCAGAUGAGGACGAGGAAGAGGCUGAAGAAAACUUGUCACAUACUCCGAGUCAAGCUGAACAUCUGGCUGACUGUGCAGCCAAAGAUGUCCCACGCUCCUCAGCAGCUACGCAUGAAGUUGGAGGGACAACUGCAGAUGCAGAAAAGCCAGAUAAGCAUCAGAGUCCAGAAAAAAGCAAGUUGAAAGAGAGAUAAAUGAGUGAAGGACUGUUACAGCACGUCAUCAUCCCCGCGGGCUUCUCGCCGCACCCACUGAGAUGUUUGUUGCCACGCAGUUCAAACAAUUACAGUUAGUGGAGUAUUAGUGUGUAAAUGGAAGUAAGCUAUUCUUAUGCAGGGAAUAUUUAUGCUUUUUUAUUUAUAAUGUACACUGGAAACGUGCUGUUGGCCAAAAAGUAAAAACUUGAAGAUUGCUAGUACAUUUUUUUCACCUUCUGUGAACGGGUUGAAGAGGGGAUUUGAAUGACUUGAUUUUUCUAUGAAAAUGUGCAAAAGCUUCGAAUCCAUUUCAUCCUCCAAGAGCUUUUCAUUUUUGCAGCGACAUUGUGUGUGAUUUUAAAAGCUGCAAGUUCAAAUGAUAUUUGAAUGGAAUUGUCAUGUGGCCCUUUUCACGUAUUAUUCCACAAUCUCAAAGGGUUUCCAGAGUGUUUGAAAUGAUCCAUGCGAAAGAAAAAAGGACUGUUUGUGUCGACCAUUUGGGCUUCAACUGUGGGAACCCCACAAGUAACUUGAAAUGUAGUUACAUGUUGGUCAAGGUGUCAAAAAAACAAUAUAAUUUGUUUAUUUUAAGCAUCAAACCAAAUAGAUCAGUUUUACACCAGGUUUUAUUUGACCAUUUUGUAAAGAUGAAUUAAGAUUUAGAAUAUUUUAAAUUAAAUUUCUUUUCUGAUA